ACAAAAGAUCUUAGGCCUCAAGGUCAAAACCAGAACUGCCAUGGCCGGCAGUGCUUGAAAAUUAAACUUUUAUUUGUUUCCUUUUAAGUAUCCAAUUUCCAAACCUAGAAAUUCAUCACUUUUGCAGUAGCCAUAGCCAGACUCUGCUUCUUUGCACUACAAUAUAUACAGUCGCCUUCUCUUCUCUUGUCUUCAUCAUAUCUUAUAGAUGAAAUCGAAUUCUUUGUUUAACUCUCGUCGUAUCUUGGAUUUAUGAAGAUUUAGUUUCUCUCAAUCGAAUUCAGCGAACAAGAUGGAAAGUAAAUGGAGGAAACUGAAAUCGGCUCUCCCUUGUCUUUACCCCGUGGAGGACUCAUCGCGAUCCAAUCGGAUGGAUAACCGGUUACCAGACGCUGUUUCACUGUCAUCCACAGACGAAUCAAGCGUUACUACUAUGCAAACUCCCUUGUCAGUCCGCCUUCUUUCGUCUAGAUUCGGCUCCCGAUCUUCUAAGAAAACUUGUGCUAUAUGUCUCACAUCUAUGAAGGCAGGCAAGGGCCAUGCAAUUUUUACAGCAGAGUGUUCCCAUUCCUUUCACUUCCAUUGUAUUGCAUCUAAUGUGAAGCACGGGAAUCGAAUUUGCCCCAUUUGCAGAUCAAACUGGAACGAGGUUCCUUUCCAGACUACUACAGAUACUGAUCUUUUACACAAUAAUAGAACUGCUAGGGCAAAUAAUGCGGCAGGUCCUAGAAAUGCCCCAUGGAAUGCAGCUUUCCGACAAACCCUACCCUCGCGUUUGGAUGUCAAUCUUCAUGCAACCUCAUUCUUUCAUGCUCCUGAACCAAACGUCUUUGAUGACGACGAUGAAUUAAUAAGUGAAGAACCUCUCAAUAAUACUUCUGUUGAUGAGAAUCAACCUGUAAGAGCUAUAGAUAUCAAGGCUCACCCUGAAAUUUCUUCUGUUUCAAGAUUGGCCUCUCAUAAGGACUUCACUAUUCUGAUCCACCUCAAAGCUUUGAUAAGCAUGCAUAAUUCUUCUAACUUUUCCUCAACCGCUGUAUCCAAUCGUGCCCCUAUUGAUCUUGUGGCAGUUCUUGAUGUAAGUGGAAGUAUGUCAGGUGGGAAGCUUGUUUUGUUAAAAAGAGCAAUGGGUUUCCUUAUACAAAGGCUUGGUUCUUCUGACAGGCUAUCAAUUGUCGCUUUCUCCUCCACUGCUAGGCGUUCCUUUCCCCUUCGUCGAAUGACCAACAAUGGAAAGCACGAUGCACUUCAGGCAGUCAGUAAUCUGGUUUCAGCUGGUGGGACGAAUAUCGGCGAAGGGUUGAAGAAAGGGGCGAAGGUAAUGGUAGAACGUAGGCAAAAGAAUCCAGUUAGCAGUAUGAUUCUUUUAUCCGAUGGGAAAAAUAUGUCCACUACAGAUCCAAUGGUCGAUUAUCAUUCUCUCCUUCCAGAGUCGAUUAUGAACGAUACUCGAUCAGGCAUUGUCAUUCCAGUUCACACGUUUGGAUUUGGUGCGGACCAUGAUGCUGCCCUAAUGCAUUUUGUCUCUGUGGCCUCGGGAGGGACAUUUUCUUUCAUAGAAACCGAAAAUGCGAUCCAGGAUGCUUUUGCACAGUGCAUUGGCGGGCUCUUGACAGUCAUCAUUCAGGAACUGCAAGUAAAAGUCGAAACCCUCCAUCCUAAUCUGCAAUUGAACUCAAUUAAAGCUGGAAAUUACAGAACCAGGAAAACUGAUAAUGCGAGCAUAGGAUAUAUAGACUUCGAUCAUCUCUAUGCUGAAGAGGAGCGAGAUUUUCUGGUAAAAGUUGACAUACCGGUUUAUCACGACUCUUGCAACAACGAUAUGCAACUGUUGAAGAUAGGUUAUUCGUACACGGAUCCAAUUACAAAAGAAAAGGUAACAUUAGAGGAUGCUGGUGUGUUAAAGAUCUCAAGGCCUGAGAUAGUGAGUGGUGACGUGGUGGUGUCUGUGGAAGUGAACAGACAGAUUAACAGGAUAAGAGCGGCCGAGGCAAUUGCAGAAGCGAGAGCCAUGGCUGAUGAAAGUCGGUUUAUUCAGGCAGCUUCUAUAUUGGAAUCGUGCUGUAACUUGAUAAUGAGGUCCAUGUCAGCUCAAGCCGGAGACCAGUUAUCUGCUGCCUUGUGCGCAGAGAUGAAGGAAAUGCAGGGAAGAAUGGUCGAUUAUGAUUCUUACACAACAGGCGGAAGGGCUUAUGUCCUGUCAGGUCUUAGUUCUCAUUCAUGGCAGAGGGCCACUACUUCUGGAAAUACCACUGUUUCACAAGCUUAUCAGACUCCAACAAUGGUGGAUAUGGUCUCCAUGUCCCAAACCAUGCUCUUGGAUGGUUCGUCGUCUCAGCAGCCAUUGCUCAGGCCUUCUCGGUCUUUGACAUUACCAAUCCAAAGGUAAAUAAUAAACUGUGUACCGGUUCAAUGGUGUUUGUUUAUUUUCAGACGUUUGUUGGCUUUCUAUUAAUCUCUGUUAAUUGUGGGAGAAUUUGAAUCUAUCUUCAUAUAUAUGAUUGUCUGAUUGUAAUUGCAAUGA